AUGAGUGUCCUAUUACUGGUGCUGCUACUGGGCCUCUCCACCUUUCUCCUAGGACUCCUUGUCUGGAGCAUCUGUAAGCACUUGCUCACCACAGAUGUCCCCUCUGCCUUGAAACAUCCUCUCAAGCUCAGAAUUAUGCAUUGCAUGUUUAUAUAUGCGAUCACCUUGGGAAACAUACUAGAGAAGCUGAGCAUUUGCUCCAUGCUCAGCUUUCUCCGUUUUGUACAGAACAGAUUGGUUCAAAAGACAAAGAACCCUAAAGUGGUGGUGACAGACCUGCACUUUGGAACAAUCCCUGUGAGGCUUUUUGAGCCCAAGACAAUGUCGUGCAGCCCAAGGAGAGGCAUCAUCUUCUACCAUGGUGGAGGUGGGGUGUUGGGCAGCCUGGAUUCUUACCACAACCUGUGCCUUUUCCUUGCCCUGGAGACCAAUUCUGUGCUGUUGUCUGUGGGGUACCGGAAGCUUCCCUACUACCAUUACCCUGUCAUUGCCAGUGACUGCCUGAAUGCCACCAUCCACUUCCUGAAGAGGCUGAAAACCUAUGGUGUAGACCCUUCCCAAGUUCUGGUCUGUGGAGAAAGCGUUGGAGGAGGGGCUGCUGCCCUGGUCACUCAGGCCUUGGUGGGUCACAAAGAUCUCCCCCAAAUCCGGGCUCAAGUCCUGAUUUAUCCAGUUAUCCAGGGUAACAAUUUCCAGUUACCAUCUACUCAGCAGAACCAAAAUAUUCCAUUUCUCAACUUGGACUUCCUAAUAACAUGCAUUUGUAAAUAUAUGGCCAUUGACAUCUCCUGGAAAGAUGCCAUGCUGAAAGGCUAUUGUAUACCCCCAGAAACCUGGGAGAAGUACAGGAAAUGGCUCAGCUCUGACAAUAUCCCUGAGAGAUUCAAGAAUACAUACCAAGAACCCCAGUUUCCUGGGACUUUAAAUGAGGCUGCCUAUCUUGAAACCAAACAUAUGUUAGAUGUACAAAAUUCCCCCCUCUUAGCUGAUGAUGAAACCAUUGCUCAGCUCCCUGAGGCCUUCCUGGUGAGCUGUGAGCAUGAUAUCCUCCGUGAUGACACCUUGCUCUACAAGAAGCGCUUGGAAGACCAAGGAGUCCCUGUGAGCUGGCACAAUGUGGAAGAUGGCUUUCAUGGAUGCAUACUUCUAUUUGACUGGAAGUCUUUCUCUUUCCCCUGCUCUGAGAAAAUUUUAAAUGCUGUGGUCAGUUAUAUAAAGGCUUUAUGA